UGUAGCUCGUUCCUGCUAAGUAGUUAAAUAGCCCUGAGGAUGGUGGGAGAGGUGGUUGGAUGGAGGAGGAGCAGUGUGGUCUGGUCUCUGGAGGAAGGAGAAACACCAUGAACAGUAGAAUCUGACUGGUAGUAAAGCCUUGUUGCAGCCUGAUAGUUUGCUUGUGCUGUAACAGUUCUCCAGCAGCAGCUUCCUGACCCUGUAUUUCAAAACUGAUGAAUCUGUGGGAUACAGAGGCUUCAAAAUCCUUCUUGAGGUGUUGUACCACCAGCCAACACAAAGUGAGCUGGAAGCAGCAGCCAAUGUGCAAGAUUUUGAACUUCCCCUUGUUGAACUUCACGAGGUUCCUGCCAGCCCAUUUCUCCAGCCUUUUGAGGUCCCCCUGGAUAGCAGCGUGAUCCUCUGGCAAAGCAACCACUCCUCUUGGCUUUGGAUCAUCUGAGGGUGCACUCUGCCUCCUCGUCCAGAGAAGAAAGUGGUUUUCAUUUGGAAGGAACUCCAGCACUGAGACAUCCAGAAGCUCCUAAUCAUUAGGAUCUGCAACUCAGGUUUUUAGUUUUUUCUCCUGCUUCGUCUAAAGACUUGUGCUCUCCAAAAAAAGCACUGCUCCUAUAUGGGAAUGCAACUUGCUCAAAUGUCAUCCAACACCACGCCGCACACUGAGGGUCCAUAGGUAUUUCACAGAAAGGUCAGGGUUGGAAGGGACCUCUGGAGAUCACCUAGUCCAACCCCCUGCUAAAGCAGGCUCACCCAGAGCAGGCUGCACAGAGUCGCAUCCAGCUGGAUCCAGCCUCUGCACCUCCCCUGUCCUGCAUGUUCCCAUGUCAGUCAUCUUCAGUCCAUGGAGUUAUGGUGUCUCAGUGCAGAGGAAGGAGUUAGAGAAAGCAGAGAUAAUUAAACCCCUACAUAAGCUUAAUGUUCCAUAAAUGGCACGCAGAGAAAGCACGGCAGUAGCUGCUUUUGAAUCCCCAGUGAAGAAAAUCUCCUGUUACCUGUGCAGGGGAUGGGAGCAGCAGCAGAUUGAUAAAGAUGUCAUGAAACCUGCUUUGUUGGGCUGCGCUCUGCUGGGACCUGUGGUACGCGCCCCCAGUGGGACUGCUGCUGGAAAUUGUGUUGAAAAGAUGUGGACUCAUCCUCCGCCCAAACAGGUGGCAAAAUUUCUUUGUUAUGCAGUGAGUUUGGUGGGCCUUAACAUUCAUUUGUAGGCAGCAUCAUCUGUGGGGAAAGAGAUGUGGUUUCAUGGGGCUAGUGAGUGGGAUGACUCAUAUUUUCACAAUUUCUGCUUUCCUGUAUGCACGCAGUGUCGUUCACAUCAUGUGGGUAAUGUCUGUGGAAGCAACACGCUACACUGGGCUGCUGAAGAUACAGCUGCCAAAAGAAUUGUGCAACUGAAGUAGUAUGAAACCAGGUUUACAGAGCACACUGGGGCAACAGAUGAACUGUAAGAGGUAGGACCAUUAGGUCCUUAUAUUUUGAGUUCAAAACCGGAGGUUUUCUGAGUGGUGUUUAAACUAGUCAAGGCUAUUUAGCCAGUGCUCUGGUACUACUAUGGAAAAUUCAGCUGCCAAUUCUACUUAAGACACAAGCCAGUCAGGUACAGGACACUGACUGAUGUAUGCUUUCAGGAGCCAGACAACAACAUGCCAAUGAAAGGCAAAAAUGUAGACAGGGUGGCACAUUGCAACAGAGGCCACCGGUGAUAACUGCACUUGGGUUCAUAAAUCAUGUGGCAAACUCUGAUAAUACCAGUGCUCUUACUGUGGAAUACCAAUUAGCACAAAGUAUUAAAUCACAACUUAACCCUUUCAUAAUUUGCUUUUGAUACAAAAUGUUGUUGAAACAGAUUUUUUCCCCUUAAAGUUUCCUGUCAGAGCUGAGCUGCGUGUGGCCUUUCACAGCACUCUCAACAAUUAAAGGCAGAGGAGAUCUUGCCCUGCCCGCCCAUCAGAAAUGCUUCCCCUGCCCUUCUUUACCUCUCACUGUUUGGACCUAUGUUCUGGUAGCUGGACUCUUUGCACAACUGGUUUGGUUUCCGCUACCAGUGGUAUUAUUUUUACUUGCCUAUGCUACAAAGGAGAGCAUCUUCUUCAAAAGAAAGGCAGAGGGAGCUGGGGCAGGGCUCAUAAGAAAGAACGUGUGAUCUGUGCAAAGUCCUUCCCUUUGUGCAAAGUCUAGAUUUGCUCAAGCUCCGUGUCUAAUACCUUUGGAGUCUGCAACUGCAUUGCUCAGGCGAGACUUGGUAUCUAGGAAUACCUCUGCUCUCUCUGCCUUUGGAAAAGCUGCUAUCCAUGGGUAGGAAGGGAAGGCAGUUGGGGUCGUCUUAAGGUGGAGACAAGAAUAGUCUUCAGUGUUGCUGAGGGCAAUUAGAAAUCAAGAAAUGGCCCAGUAUUUACCGAGUUCUUGAAUCAUAAAGUUAAUUUUCUUGAAAUUACCUAUGUGGCACGCUGUUGAUGUUCUCUGCUUGUGUGAUUAAUGCUUUUCUAUGUCCCAAGAUCAGGAGGCUUCUGCGCAAGUUGGCAAGCUACCCAUGAGCCACUGAGAUGUCACCCCCUGAAAAAUUAUGAACUUUUUCUUCAGCUGUAUGCCUGGAGGGCCUGGUAAACACUUUCCCACCAUUCCUCUCAGAAGCCUGUAGAAAAUGUUAUGGAUCUGCAGUCCCUGACUUGGCUUUAAGCUCCUGGAUGAAGUGAAGAGAAACAGCUUUGUGGCCAGAAGCAGCUAAACACCAGGACAGUAGAGAGAUUGCUCACAAGAUCACCUGAAUCAAAACCUGAAGGAUUUAUCCUGCUGCAUUUACCUCAUAUUCUGACCUCCUACACUUAAGAGGAUGAUGUUAACUCUGUAAGCGGUACCAUCUAGCUAACUGGCUAACCUCAUACUCCAGCAGCCAUUUCCAAGGUGUCUUCUCCAUGAGUAUAACUAACAAAAAAUCAGGAUCCUCUAAAUGUUUCAGUCCAAAUAUUCAUUCCCAUUCUUGACUAAUAAAAUAGUUUAUCUUUACACUCGCCUGUCUGUUCUGUAGACAAAACCUAGAUACAAUUUGCUGCAGAAUAUGUAGGGCUUUCUUUUUAAGGGAAAGGGCUAUGACUAUAAAGAAGAAAGAAAAUAGUCUACUGGGCAGGGGUGGAUGUUCCUGUGGUGUUGGCUGCUUCCUUCCUUGAUCAAGCAUGGGAACGCUGCAAGACGAGCGGCAAUUCACAGGCAAUAGGAAAAGAAGCAGCUACAGGGGGGUUGUUGAGGAGAGCAGUGGUGGUGCUCCUCUAACCUCGCUAGAUGUAGGAACUUUGAGGACAAGCAAGUGACAAGUUUUGUCCUUUAGGGCUGUAACUUUAUGAUAGGGGACCCUCUUUGCAAUCUGUGCCACAGUGGCUGCCCAUCCUCGGAUCACACUACCUUCCCGCACUCCUCAGUCUCCAUGCCCUCACUCUGCCCAGAGAACAUACUGAGGGGCUGGCUCCUUUGCUGUUAGCCAAUGGGUGGCUGAUGUGCAGCAGGUCUCUGCAGUUGCCCUGUUUGGACUUCUCCCUCAGAGAAGAGCAGGUUAUUCAUUGCUAGUUCCUCUGUUCGUUCCAGCAGGUGACAGGACCAUGGGUGACACACAGAAGGGCGAGCUUCCUCUGGAAAGUCCUGUGAGAGCUGAACUGCAUCUGUUCUCCUCCAAAAAGCUCAAAGGAGAUAACCUCCAGGACACCGACCAAAGACAGGACCACAAGCAGGAGCUGGAGACAGAAAGUGAGGUGGAGACAUCUUUUGGAAAGAGACAAGGAAUGCUAACUCCCUGUGGGAUGGAAGUUUGGGAGUGUGAGGACAGUGGCAGAGCCCACAUCAGCAAGGUUAUCCUUGCUGGGGACAAGCCACCACCCCUGUGUAGGAAUGGUGCCAUUUGGACUCAGCAAGUGGGAGAGAAAACCUACGAGUGUCCUGAGUGUGGGAAGAGCUUCAGCCGGAGCUCAUACCUGAGCCAGCACCAGAGGAUCCACCUGGCAGAGAAACCCUUCAGCUGCUCCGAAUGCGGGAAGAGUUUCACCCGCAACUCGGACCUGAUCAAACACCAGCGGAUCCACACCGGCGAGAAGCCCUACCAGUGCAAUGAAUGCGAGAAGACCUUCAGCCAGAGGUCCAAUGUGAUCAGGCACCAGCGGACUCACACAGGAGAGAGACACUACCAGUGCAAUGAAUGCGGGAAGAGCUUCAGCCAGAACUCGCAUCUCAUCGUCCACCAGCGAAGCCACAAGGGUGAGAAACCCUUUAAUUGCCCCCGGUGUGAGAAAAGCUUCAGUGACCGCUCUUCCCUGAUCAUACACCGGAGAGUCCACACCGGAGAGAAGCCCCACAAGUGCCAGGAGUGUGGGAAGCGUUUCCGGGACAGCUCGGCCAUCAUUCGACAUCAGAGAAUCCACACAGGAGAGAAACCAUACGAGUGUACUGAGUGUGGGAAAACCUUCCGGCAGAGCUCCUCGCUGGUGACCCAUAUGCGAACGCACACAGGCGAGAAGCCCUACAAGUGCCCUGUGUGUGGGAAGGGCUUUAGCCAGAGCUCGGCGCUCACCACUCAUCGCCGGAUCCACGGGGGGAAGGUCUUGCCCAUGUACCAUGGUGGCCUCCUGCCCAACCCCUACCAGUGCACUGAGUGUGGCCGGAGGUGCAGUGACCGCUCCACUCUGGCCAAGCACCAGACCACGCAUGCCGAGGAACGGCCCUACAUCUGUGUGGAGUGUGGGGACAGCUUCCGGCGGAGCUCGGCUCUCAACGUGCACCUGAGGAUCCACCGUGGGGAGAGACCCUACAAGUGUGAGGAGUGCGGAAAAACGUUCAGGCACAGCUCAGCCCUCGGUGCCCACCUGAGGAUCCAUGCAGGAGCCAAGCCCUAUGAGUGCAGCGAGUGUGGGAAAAGCUUCCGGAAAAGCUCAACACUUAAAAUGCAUUUGAAAAUCCAUGCAGCCAAGAAACCUUAUAAAUGUACAGUGGGUAGGAGAAUGCUCACGUCGUGCUCACUUCUGCCGUAAGGGCUAGAGCAGAUGUUCAGAGCAGGAAGCAAAAGCAGUGUUUGGAGGUACGUGAAAAAGGUGGGUGAUGAGAACCACGGUGGGAAGAGACUGACUGGAGACACAGUAACUCUGGGUGUCAGGGCUGGGUGCUUAACUCCAGUGGCGCAAAACCCCUUGGGAGGUCUGGAAGCAGGGAGCUAGUCCUAAGAGCCGAGCACUGGUGGUUUAGGGAGAGUGCUGAGAGCCUGAGGAACAGGCACCAGCUUCUGGGUGCAUUGGGGAUUGUGAAUUUGUAGUAGAGUAACAAUUGGGAGAAUCAGGUUUGUAAAAUAACUUUACAGUUACAGAGGAGAUCAAAAUAAAAAGUUCCAUGUUGAUUCUGACUCAAAACUUUGGCUUGUUAGAUACUGUAGUAGUCUUAGGAACUCUCUUUUUUAUUACCUUCCCUUAUUUUUCAUGAAUGUAGUAAGUUUACCCAGUGUUUGACAAGGUGCUUCCAAAUCUUUUGAGUCUAAGACUUCGGAGCUGAACUUCAAUCUACAUGUCUCUUCUUGCUUUUUUCCAAAUGUUACAUGGGACAAUGAAUUCCUACCUCAGCACACAAAGCCUGAGUGACAUGAUAGCUGAGUAAUGCAAAACUGUUGUGGCUGUUUCCAGAAAACAUGGAUGCGCAUGUCCAGUUGGAAUGCUGCCCGUUGUCUGUGGCAGCUUCUCCCAGAUUUGUCCUUGCUGGUUUGAAACACCUUCCAACUCGGGACAUCAACAAAACAUGGGCAAAAAUGUGGCCUUACCUUAUUUAACCAAAAAAAAAGUACGUCCCCUCCCCUGAAGUUGUAGCGUGAAUAUGAUGAAUAUGGUAUAUGAUGAAUUCCUACUGGUAAUCGAGACUGUUUGCAAUUUUGUAGCCCUUUUUAUGGUGGAGUACUCUUCUUUAGCCCACUAUUGUUUGUGAAGUAUUGACAUACAAAGUUCAGCGUUAACAGUUAGGAAUGCUAUAUUUGCAUUUAUUACUAUGCUACUGACUGUAUAUUACACAAACCUCCUCUGUAUUGCUAUGUUUUAUUACUAGCUAUGUGUUUCCCUCCUGAGUAAAACCUUUUUUCCCCCGCAUCUUCCCGCUUUCUGUCCUUGGACCUGACGGGAGCGGAGUUGCGCCGGGGCCCUGCCCCACGGAGCCGGGGCCAGGAGGUCGCUUAGGCCGUCGGGCUGGGGGGGCGGCCGGGGCGCAGCCGGG